AUGACGAUGGUUUGCAGCCCUACUGCACAGUCUGCUGCCAGCAGCACCCAGGACACAACAGCGGCGGCUGAACUGAGCGGGCUGCACGCUUGCCGUGGUAUGGCGUCUGCACGGAAAAAAGGUGAUAGGACGGUGAGUGAGACCAAGGAGGAGAACCCUCAGCAGGAAGUUCCUGAGCAAGUGGAACCGCAGGGGGCGCUGUCGGGAGAUGCUGAAAGGAACAUUUCCCAGAAUCCUGGGCAGGGAGAAGCCCAUGAGAGUCAGCAGGGAAACCAACUGGAGGAGAGACGGGGUGAAUCCGCACACCAUGUGGGAGCUCUCAAGCACAGCAUGGGUGGUAGGACGCUGCCCGUAGGCGAGAACCAGAGCACCUGCACUGAAUGUGGGAAGCAGUUCAGCCGGAGCUCGUAUCUGGCGCAGCACCAACGGGUGCACACGGGGGAGCGUCCCUAUGCCUGCGCCACCUGCGGGAAGAGCUUUGCUGUCAGCUCUGCCCUGCUCCGGCACCAGCGCACUCACACAGGUGAGCGGCCCUACCAGUGCCCCGACUGCCAGUGCAGCUUCAGCCGCAGCUCCCACUUGACGCGGCACCAGCGCUGCCACACACAGGAGGGGCCCUGCCAUGGGGUUGACUUGCCGGGUGAGCGCCCCUUCGCCUGCCUGGACUGCUGGCGGACAUUCAGCCAGAGCUCGGACCUGGUGCAGCACCAGCGGGUGCACACGGGCGAGCGCCCCUAUGCCUGCACCGACUGUGGGAAGAUCUUUGGCCGCAGCUCACACCUGCGGCAGCACCGGCGCACACAUACUGGGGAGCGCCCCUACGCCUGCCAGGAUUGUGGGCGCUGCUUCAGCGAUGGCUCCUACCUCAUCAAGCACCAGCGCACCCACACUGGCGAGAAGCCCUACACCUGCUCUGACUGCGGCAAGGGUUUCAGCGUCAGCUCCCAGCUGGUUCGGCACCGGCGCGUCCACACUGGGGAGCGGCCCUACGCCUGCUGGGACUGCGGGAAAAGUUUCAGCCAGGGCACAGACCUGGCCACCCACCAGCGGUCCCACACGGGUGAGCGCCCCUACACCUGCCCUGACUGCGGGAAGGGCUUCAGCGACAGCUCCUCCCGCAUCCGACACCACCGGCUGCACAUCCAGGAUGCCCCGUGA